AGGUGACCGAACAUCCGUCCACGCCAGUGAAUUUUAAAAAUUCGAGUCGGCGAAAGUGUUUAGUUCCAUUAAGCUGAACGUUUUUUCGUCCAAAUGGCACUGUCCGGGGCAGGCACUAGAGACUUCGAAGAGAUUUCGAAGCUGGAGUACGAUGGGGAAUCGAACGAACGAUUUUCUCUUCCCUCGGCCGCGAGUUUCACGUGGACGAGCCGGGCCGGCGGGUUUCGCAAUGACCGCGCCGGCAAGCUGGCAACCACGGCGCAAGAACAAUUCGUGGCACAAAAAAAGGGAUUUGAGAAAAGCGUAGCCAAUACUUGA